CCCCAUCACUCAUUCUCUCACAUUCUCGAACACAUUUUCAAUCACGCUCUUUGACAACAUGGCUGCCACAUCUCUCCUGCUCCUGCUCAUCACUCUACUGCCCGCUCCAGGGCUCACAGCCUACCAGGACUCUGGCAUAGUGAAUGGAGCAGAAGCCAGACUUAACUCCAAACCCUACAUGGUCUCUGUACAAGCAAAGAAGUCACAUAUCUGUGGAGGGUUCCUCGUGUCUGAGAGUUUUGUCAUGACAGCCGCCCACUGCUACAAAUGGGGUGUGAAUCUGACAGUUGUGGUUGGUGCUCAUGACAUUACAAGGCAGGAAAGUUCUUCUCACAUCAUUGAUGUGAAAUAUUACCACAUACAUCCUGGUUACAAUGCUAAGACAUUGGAGAACGACAUCAUGCUGUUGCAGCUUGUCAAAACUACCCGGAAGAGCAAGGCAGUGCAGCAGGUCCCUCUCCCUAAGAAAGACCAGGACAUCAAGGCCAAAUCCUUCUGUACCGUGGCAGGGUGGGGUGCCACCAAAACAGGGGGCUCUGCAAACCCAUGUCUUCUGGAGGUGAAUGUCACCGUUGUAGACAGAAGUUCCUGCCAGAGAUCUUGGGGGAACACUGUCACUAUAACCCCGUCUAUGAUAUGUGCCGGUGGUACUGCUGCUGAUUAUAAAGGCAUUUGCCAGGGAGAUUCAGGAGGUCCUCUGGUGUGCAAGGGGACAGCAGUAGGAGUUGUGUCCUUUAACCAGAAAGGAAACUGCAAUGAGCCACAGAAGCCCAACGUCUACACCAAAAUAUCCAAGUAUCUUUCCUGGAUCAAGUGCAUCAUUAAGUAUUAAGGAAUGAGACAUUAAUAAAUAUACAUCAUUGUAUGAAACAAUAAAGGCUGUCCGUUCUUCAAUGA